GACCAGGACCAGGACCAGGACCAGAGAGACAGAAAGGAGGAGGCUUUGGGGCGGAGCUUCCUCUGCGCUAGCGAGGAGGAAGAGGAUGCAGAUGAAGACGAUGGAGGAGAGGAGACAAGGUUCUCCUCCAACCCUGAAGGAGGAGACGAGAUGUCCCUCAGCCAAUCGGACGCCAGCAGGGGGCGGAGCCUGAUCCAACAGAUGAGGGAGGAGAACUCGGCGUUGAGGCGGAGCGUCAGGGAGCUGCAGAGGAGAGCCGACCUCCACCAGUCCAGGGCAAGGCGGCUCUCUGAGGAGCUGCAGCAGAGGAAGCGCCAGGAGGAGCAGGAGGCGCAGGACCUGGAGAGCAUGGUGCAGUCAGUGGAGCAGAACCUGCAGCUGAUGAAGAGGCGAGCAGCGAAGGCUGAGAGCAGCGUUUCCAGACUGAAGGCGGAGCUUCAGCAGCUGCAGGUGGAGGCAGAUGCUCUGCGAUCAGAAAACAACCGUCUGAAGGCUGCUGAAUCUGAGGUCGUCAUGACGAUGAGACAAAACGCUCAGGUGGCGGCCGAGUACCUGAGCAAGUCAGCAAGCCACGCCCACUCCUCCGUCAGGCAGCUGAUGGAGGAAGCAGAGACUCUCCGUUUGGUCUCUCAGCUCCUGCAGUCCAUCGAUAAGAUCUCCAGUGUUCAGCCUGAACACCUGCAGGACACCUGAGGGUGCAGUUGCCAUGGAAACGGUGGAGUCGGCACCCUGAGGUUUUACUUUAAGAAGAGAGGAAAGAUGGAGGAGGUUCAUCUUCAGAUCUGUCCUCCUGGACUCCAAGUUUUUACUGUUAUUGUUUUGAUUUUUGUGAGAUGAUGAUGAAGAUGAAGAUUUGGAGGUUUCAGCGCUGAGCUCUCCUCCUCCUCCUCCUCAAGGUUUGACCUCGACUUUGAUGUAAACCUGCAGGAUCAAUAACUGUUCCUCCUCUAAUAAAUUCUCCUUUAAUAAAUACAAACCUGAAGAAUCUCA